GUCCCCUUUCUGACUCUGCCUUGCUCACAUAGAGCAGCUGUUGCCGUUCUGCCUCUGUCCCAUCCAGCCAUCACCAUGAGCCAGUCCUACUCCAGCCAGAGGCUCUCCUCAUACCGCCGUACCUUUGGCGGUGGGGCAGUUUCACCAUCCUUCCCGCGUGCCUCCUUUGGCAGCAAGGGCUCUUCAGCCAGCUCCUCUGUCACCUCGCGGGUCUACCAGAUGUCUCGCAGUGCCGCUCCAACCAGCUUCCGUGCCAGCUACUCUGCUCCACUACGCUCAGCCUACCAAGGUGCUGGUGAACUCCUCGACUUUUCUCUGGCCGAUGCCAUGAACCAGGAGUUCCUGCAGACACGCACCAACGAGAAGGUAGAGCUGCAGGAACUCAAUGACCGCUUUGCCAACUACAUUGAGAAGGUGCGUUUCUUGGAGCAGCAGAAUGCACUCAUGGUGGCCGAGGUAAACCGGCUGAAAGGCAAGGAGCCUACCCGUAUCGCCGAGAUGUAUGAAGAGGAGCUGAGGGAGCUGCGGCGCCAGGUGGAGAUGCUGACCAGCCAGCGAGCACGUGUGGAUGUGGAGAGGGAAAAUCUACUGGAUGACCUCCAGAAACUGAAGCAAAGGCUGCAGGACGAGAUCCAUCUUAAGGAAGAAGCAGAGAACAAUUUAGCUGCCUUCAGAGCUGACGUUGAUGCAGCCACUCUGGCCCGUAUUGACUUGGAAAGGCGCAUUGAAUCCUUGCAGGAGGAAAUUGCAUUCCUCAAAAAGGUACACGAGGAGGAAAUACGGGAGUUGCAGUCACAGUUACAGGAGCAGCAGAUCCAAGUGGAGAUGGAUGUGUCAAAGCCAGACCUGACUGCAGCCCUACGAGAUAUCCGAGCCCAGUAUGAGAGCAUUGCUGCAAAGAACAUCUCUGAGGCUGAGGAGUGGUACAAGUCCAAGGUAUCUGAUCUUACCCAGGCUGCCAAUAAAAACAAUGAUCAACUGCGCCAAGCCAAGCAGGAGAUGAUGGAAUUCCGGCACCAGAUCCAGUCAUACACCUGUGAGAUUGAUGCACUCAAGGGCACGAAUGACUCCUUGAUGAGACAGAUGAGGGAGAUGGAGGAGCGCUUUGCUGGUGAGGCUGGCAAUUAUCAAGACACCAUCCAGAGGCUUGAAGAGGAGAUCCGACACUUGAAGGAUGAGAUGGCACGGCACCUGCGUGAAUACCAGGACUUACUCAAUGUCAAGAUGGCUCUUGAUGUGGAGAUUGCCACCUACCGCAAGCUGCUGGAAGGCGAGGAGAGCAGAAUUUCACUGCCUAUCCAAACCUUUUCAGCAAUCAACUUCCGAGAGACCAGUCCAGAGCAGCGGAGCUCUGAGCUGCAUACCAAGAAAACUGUGACUAUCAAAACCAUUGAGACACGGGAUGGGGAGGUGGUGAGUGAAGCCAUGCAGCAACAACAUGAAAUGCUGUAGGCCCAGUCAUCCCCAGAAAGUCAACUGGCCCAUCUCAAUCCUCUCCCUCCCAUGCUCAAAGACCUGGGGCUGCUGGCUCUCACAUAUUCUCCUGCAUACCCAUCUUAUGGUGGCGCUUUGGGAGAGUCCCACACACAGCCAAGUGUAUGAGGCUCCCCCUGCACCCUCUCCUUCAAAACCUCUCUCCUUCUGCUUCCUUUAUGCUUUUCCUGCCCCAGAUGCUGGGAGGAAGGGAGGGGGAGGGGUGACAGAGAGGCCCCACUCUGUGUCUGUAUAUGUCCAUGUGUAUGCAUUGGAGGGAGACUUCCUGCCACUAUAGGGUCUGAUGCUCUAGCCACCACCUGCACAUAGAACAUCCACCCAUCCAAACAUGCAUCAUUCAUGCACUGACUCAUGUAAACCUGCCCUGAUAUAAUUUCACACAAACCUCAGCACAGACUCUGUUCCCUCCAUGGUACUACUGGCAGUGGUAAUGUGUGGUCUGCAGCCCAUGGAGGGACAGGGGAAGGGGAAGUAGGGAAAGAAGUGGUAGCCCAGAGAAUGAGGAUGAGCCAACUGCCCAGCCUUGCCUCCGGGACCAAAGCCAAAGAGCACCCCUCCCCCCAGUGGAGCGGGACUCCUUGCCUGGGGGUUGGUGGGACUUGCUUCUCUAGCUUCAGUGAAGAUCCAUGCCUCUAGCAAAGCAAGGCUUCAUAUCUUGACUUGCCAUUUGGGGUGAAGGUUGACCCUUCCAUCUAAGUAAGACUUCUUACCAAUGCAGAGGGAAGAUGAGAAAUAGAACCCCCUCAGGAGAAAGUGUUUUUUUUACAAAAUUCCUUGUGAGUGGGGUUGAUUUCAGACAGAACAAAUGCUCCACUCCUACUACAAAGUAAAGCUUUUGGUCUGGGAUAUGGCCUGUGAGGGUCACCGAGGAGGAGGAGGAGGAGGAGGAAGAAGACUCCAAGGACUGGAUGCACGCACUCAAGGCUCCCCUGUCUUCUCCCCAUUCUCAUCCCAGAUCACAAAUCUAUCCUGCAUGGGGUGUCAGAAGGGGCUGCUGAAGGGAGCUGGACAAGAUGAAAGAAGGAACUGGCAGGUGACAGGGAGGCGGGGAAAGAGAGAGGGAUAGGUUAUGGGUGUGAGAGAAAGAGGAGAUGAAGAGAGAGGCUGCUAUGCCCCUGACCUUCCCACCCCAGCACAGACUUGGCUCUGCCAAGUGAUUAAUAAAUUAUGGAGCACAA